UCGCCUGUUGAACAGAGGACCUGCCUCCAUCAUAGACGGAGGCAAACAACCACCAGCUUACGUCACUGCAAGGGAGAAAUUACUGUGUACAGAGAGAUCUUUCAAGUCACGACUGAAAAAGAGGAAAAAGUUUCAUUUGAAGACCAAAUCCGUUGUCCACGAUGGUGUCUGCUGGGCUACAAAUGCUGGGCGCAGCUCUGGGGAUCCUGGGCUGGAUUGGCACCAUCAUCGUGUGCGCCCUUCCCAUGUGGCGGGUCACUGCUUUCAUCGGCAGCAACAUUGUCACCUCGCAGACCUCCUGGGAGGGAAUUUGGAUGAGCUGUGUGGUCCAGAGCACCGGCCAAAUGCAGUGUAAGGUCUACGACUCAAUGCUGGCCCUCAGCUCUGACCUCCAGGCUGCCCGGGCCCUGACCAUCAUCGCCAUCAUAGUGGGCGUCAUGGCUAUCUUGCUCUCUGUAGCUGGGGGGCAGUGCACCAACUGUGUGGAGGAUCCAUCGUCCAAGACCAAGGUGGGCAUUGCAUCUGGAGUUAUGUUCAUCAUAGCUGGGGUCCUCUGCCUCAUCCCUGUCUGCUGGACGGCCCACUCCAUCAUUCGAGACUUCUACAACCCGCUGAUGGUCAACGCCCAGAAGAGAGAGCUGGGUGCUUCGCUCUACAUCGGUUGGGGGGCAGCCGCUUUGAUGCUGAUCGGAGGGGGGAUGCUCUGCUGCAACUGCCCCCCUAAAGACGAGGGCUCCUACACUGCAAGGUACAAAGCUGCCAGAUCUGAGGCGUCAGCACCAGCAUCCGGGAAAGACUAUGUCUGAAACAGAUCUACGAAUGAGUAAAUAGCUUCCAUAAAGCAACGUUUACUGGGACAGAUGAACAGGUGCCACUGGGUUGUGAGUGUGGAUGUUUCAAAAGGCAUUGUUGAGGUUUACUCCUCUUCAGAGCAGUUGAAGGAAAUAAAUAGCGAGAAAGGAACCACACCCAAAGAAGAAAUGCAUCCAUUUUAUAUGCAGUUAUGUGUAUAUUUUUGGCUGUUUAUAUGAAUAUUAGUCAUUUGCAAGUCUUUUCUUCGUAGGAUAAAUGUUCUGUGAUCUCAGUCUUAUUUUGAAAAUUCCGUGUGUGGGUUGUUGUUAUGAACCAUAUGUUUGAGAUUCAUUGAUGUGCCAGUUACACUGUAAAUAAAUAUUUUCUUAACAAACCA